AUGAAGCUGUUGAUCAUCGCAGCCGCCUCUCUGGCAGUGGUGAGCUGUGCCAGCCUCUCUCUGGAGGACCUGGAGUUCCACGCAUGGAAACUCAAGUUUGAUAAAUCAUAUAGCUCAGCUCAGGAGGAGGCCCAUCGUAAAGACAUCUGGCUCUCCCAGCGACGUCAGGUCCUGACCCACAACAUCCUGGCUGACCAGGGCACCAAGACCUACCGCAUGGGCAUCAACCAGUUCUCUGACUUGAACAGUGAGGAAUUCCAUCAGAAUGUCCUCCUCAGAAACAUGAUCCCUGAUGAAGCCCUGCCCCACAGAGGCUCAUUCACCUCCACACCUAAGGGGGGCGCUGUGAAGCUGCCUGACGCUGUGGAUUGGAGGGAAAAAGGCUGUGUGACGGAUGUCAAAGACCAGGGGCAAUGUGGAUCCUGUUGGUCCUUCAGCACGACAGGUGCGCUGGAGUCCCACUCCUGCAUUAAGCAUGGCUCACUGCCCUCUCUGAGCGAACAGCAGCUGGUCGACUGCACUCGUUCCUAUGGAAACAAUGGCUGCCAUGGAGGCUGGAUGAACCCAUCAUUUAGCUACAUCAGUGAUAAUGGAGGACUUGAUACAAAGGACUACUACCCCUACGAGGCACAGGAUGGCACCUGCCACUUCGAUCCCUCUGGCGUGGGAGCCACCUGCAGUGGGUAUGUUGACGUAAUGCCCAAAGGUGAUGAAUCUGCACUGCAAGAGGUUGUGGCCAACGUGGGACCUGUGUCCGUAGCCGUCGACGCAACAAACUUCCAGAACUACCAAUCUGGUGUUUUCAACGACCCCUCCUGCAGCAGCAGUCAAAUCAACCACGCUGUGCUGGUGGUGGGUUAUGGAACUGAGGGAGGUCAAGACUAUUGGCUGGUGAAGAACAGCUGGAGCACAUCCUGGGGAGAGCAAGGCUACAUCAAGAUGUCCAGAAAUCAGGGCAACCAGUGUGGCAUUGCAUCUUACGCCUCUUACCCCACAGUGUGAUGAGUUCAAGAUGAUCUCAAUACAACUACAAACUUCAAUUACGACUACAAUUUUUAUCUGCCAUGUUUCUGCCAUAUUUUGAGUAUCAAAACUGUGGGCACUGCCAAUCAAAAUAGAGUGUGGGCACUGCAUCAUCUUUAUCUCAUUCCUCUAAUUAUGUUUUCUGAUCAUGAAUUAAUUCUCCUGGUAAAUAUCACUGCAGUUUAAUAUGUGAUGUGCAAUCUGUUUGCAGUCUAAUUUCGUUAGCUGGUGUUUUUGUAAAUGAA